AUUUUAUAUUUUUAAUGGGUGGAGAUAAACACGAUUUGAGUUAUUAUGUUAAAUGUAUGAUUGGUGGCACCUUGGCCUGUGGUCUUACACAUACUGCAAUUGUCCCAUUAGAUGUUGUCAAGUGUAGAAGAUAAGUUUUCCCAACUUUGUACAAAUCUUUGGGUGAUGGAUUAAGCACAAUUAGUAAAACUGAAGGAUUCGGAGGACUUACAUUGGCUUGGGGACCAACUUUGAUUGGAUACUCUCUUUAAGGAUUAGGCAAAUUCGGAUUCUAUGAAAUCUUCAAGGAUGUUUACAAAUGGGUUGUUGGAGAAGAAAACGCUAAUAAAUAUAGAAGAAUCGGUUGGUCUAUUGCUUCAGGAAGUGCUGAAGUCAUUGCCGACACUCUCUUAUGCCCAAUGGAAGCAAUCAAAGUCAGAAUGUAAACUUCUAAACCAGGUUCAUUCACAACAAGCGGAGUUCAAGCAUUCAAUUAAGUCAAAGGCAAUGAAGGCAUCAAUGGACUCUACAAAGGUUUGGGACCACUUUGGGCCAGACAAGUGCCAUACACAAUCGUCAAGUUCGUUGCUUUUGAAUAAAUUGUUGCAUUAUUCUAUGAAAAUGUGUUCACUAAACCAAAGGACUCUUACUCUAAAUUCACAUAAUUGUCAGUGACAUUUGCAUCAGGAUAUUUGGCUGGUAUUUUCUGCGCUAUUGUAUCACACCCUGCUGACACUAUUGUCUCAAAAUUGAACUCAAUCUAAACAGGAGGAUCUUUGGGUGAAAACGUAGGCAAGAUCUACAAAGAAAUUGGAUUCUCAGGAUUAUGGAGAGGAUUAGGCACCAGAAUUAUUAUGAUUGGUACACUCACAGGUUUAUAAUGGUGGAUUUAUGACAGUUUCAAAACAGCCGUAGGAUUAUAAACUACUGGAGGUGGAAGUAGCGCACCAAAACCAUAAGAAACCAAACAUUGAUAUAUAUCCAAUUUUAUAUCAAUUCAAGCAUUUAUAUAAUCAUAUCUACUCUUUAAAAAA